AAUUGGAGACUGUCAAAAGGAAAUGUUAUGUCUGACGCCAUAUUGCCUUAUUUAUAUUCGUGACAAGUGUUAAGUAUAAGCGUUUUGGUUUCUUUAUUUCGUCUAAUUCUGUUUGUUUCUUUCUUUCUUUUAAAAAAGCAAACAUCUAACAAUGGAGGAACAAAGUGGAACAUCUGCGCCAAGGGUAAGCGAUAAACGCUUAGCACAAACUCAAGCUAAAGUCGAUGAAGUUGUUGGAAUAAUGCGUGUCAACGUUGAGAAAGUUUUGGAAAGAGAUCAAAAGUUAUCCGAACUAGACAAUCGCGCAGAUGCGUUACAGCAUGGAGCUGCGCAAUUUGAACAACAGGCCGGUAAGCUGAAAAGAAAGUACUGGUGGCAAAACAUGAAGAUGAUGCUAAUUAUCGGUGCUAUCGGUGCGGUGCUACUUAUCAUCAUUAUUGUGUGGGCUACAUCCGGAUCCAGCUCAGCCUCCGCGCCUGCUCCAUCUCCUCCAGUUACUGAAGCCCCUCCAAACUCUGGGCAAUAAUUUUGCACAAAUUUUACAUUGAAUUCUGCAUUACAACAAUGGUAAUUUCCUUAAACAUGGAUUUUGUAACUUAUAAGAGCUAUACACGAUUUUGACUAAUUUAAGUGAAUGCUGGCUCCUUUAAGUAACUUCAAUUUUUUGAUACUUGUGCCUUUUGCACACUGAGUAAUCCAUACAUUUAAUUUAACUAAGUUCGGAUUUGCCAGUCACCUCUGAUUACACUCACAGAGGUAUGAGAUUCACCAUUUAUGGAUUACAUCAUGGUUAUUGUCAUCAUUAUCACCACCAAUCCUUACAUCUUGAAAGUGUAGCAACAAGUCAAACUUCUAGUUGUGUCUAACUUCUAUCUUUUAAUGCUAAAUUGCUUUACAGACUUGGAAGGAAGAAAUUAAAAUUGUAUUUAAAUUAAAAAGAAAUUUACUUUUGUUAUGUGCAGAAUGAUUAGACAUAAAGAAAUUGAUUUAUUGUCAGCUAUUAUCUAUUAUGAAAGAAAUUUGACCUAUAACUUGACUGAAACUUAAAAGAAACUAUUUUAUACCACAUUUACCUUCACACUGUUAUAUAUUUCUAGCAAAUUUCUUAUACAAUAGCUUUUGAUAUGUGUCUACAAAAUUAUUAAUGGAUGAAAAGGUAAUUUAUUCAGGUAAAUAUUUAUAUACUUAUUGACUUAAAGUCAAAUAUGUUUAGAUUUUAGCGAUAUUAAGUAUUACUAGGUGUUGCUUUAUGUAUGGAGAACAAUUUUACCUAAAAGUGGCAAACUUGUACAGCAUAUAAAAGUUAUAUAUUUAAAAGUUACUAAUUGAUAAUACAAAGUAUAUAUUGGCCAGUUAAGCAGAACUGAAUUUACAUAAAAUAUGCCAUUAAUAAUAUAAAAAUAAAAGAUACAUUGUGGUUAUUGUUGCUUAUUGGAUAAAUCAAGCUUUUAAAUGUUGCCUGUUAAGAAUUUAAAAAGCACAAUUUGUAUUUAGCACAAACUUUUAUUUAAUAGUUAUAAAUAUUGUAAUAAACAAUUCUAUUGUAAACACUAAAAUACUGGUUGUAAGAAGUACUAAUUAUUUGAGAAAACUUACUGCAUUUAAGUAAAUAGAAGAGAAAUAGUGACAACAUAUGGGACCAAAAGCAUUACUAAUUGCAGCACCCGAGGUCCAUUCUGUCUGGUUUUGCCUUCAAGCUAAGUAAUGUAAAAUGAUGUUGUUUACUAAAUUUAUAUUAUACUGUAUUUACUUAGUUGUUUUGUAUUGUAUAAGAUUAUAAUUAAAGUAUGUA